AUGGCAGAACAACAGGAGGCUGAUAGAUUGGCAGCCUUGGCCAAGGCUCAGGUGAACGUACUAAACCAGGGUCAACAAGUACAUCACCUGAACCAUGAUGAUGAAGACUUAGGUGAUGAGGAAUUUCUGAAUCCUCAAAACCCAAGGUUUUUAGGGCAGAAAAAGGAAGAUCUGGGAGCGUUUACCAUCCCAUAUACUUUUGGCCCCCUAAAGGUCACAAAAGCACUAUGCGAUCUGGGAACUAGUAUAAAUUUAAUGUCACUGGCUGUGUAUAAGAAAUUGGGUUUGGAGGAUCCUACCCAAAAAAAUAUGCAGUUGGUAAUGGCAGACAGAUCUGUGAAGCAGCCUGUGAGCAUCCUACACGAUGUUUUGGUAAAGGUAGCCGAUUUUAUUCUGCCUGCUGAUUUUGUGGUCCUAUUUUAUGAACUGGAUUUUGAUGUGCCCAUCAUCUUGGUUAGGCCAUUACCUGCAACUAAGAGAGUGCUAGUAGGCAUGGAGUUGAAUGAGCUAAAGUUCAGGUUUAAUGAAAAAGAAGCACGCUUUAAAAUACACUCAUCCAUGACUCAACAACAUGAAGAUGAUUUUUUUCUCAAUCAUUGA